UCUGUGGAUUUGUCACAUCCAAAAUGGAAAGGCAUUUUUUUGUCGUUUGGCUGUUUCUUUCUUCACUACAAGUAUUUGUGGAACCUGCAGCACCUGAGAAUGCCAUCGAAAUCUACAGCCUGCAUGUGGACUGCAAAGUUACCUCACGAUAUGCCCACACAGUAAUCACCAGCAGAGUUGUCAACAGAGCGAAUGAAUCCAAGGAGGCUCUUUUUGAAGUGGAAUUACCCAAGUCAGCUUUCAUCACAAACUUUAGCAUGACCAUAGAUGGAGAAACAUAUCCUGGAAUAAUCAAGGAGAAGAAAUCUGCACAAGAUCAAUAUGAUGCUGCGGUUUCACGAGGACAAAGUGCCGGACUUGUCAAAUCAACUGGAAGAAAACUAGAACAGUUUCGUGUUUCAGUCAAUGUUGCAGCAGCUGCCAAAGUUAACUUUGAACUCACAUACGAGGAACUUCUAAAGCGAAAGCUGGGAAAGUAUGAACUGCUGAUGAAGGUCAAGCCCAAACAACUUGUUAAACACUUUCAGAUUGACACCCACAUAUUUGAACCUCAAGGUAUAAGUGCAUUGGAAACUGAGAGCACUUUCAUAACCAAUGAACUGAACAAUGCCCUAACAAAGGUGCAGGAUGAGACAAAGGCCCACAUUUCAUUUAAACCAACCAUAGAUCAACAAAGAAAAACCCCUGGACUGGAUGACACGCUCCUCGAUGGAGAUUUUCUCAUACGUUAUGAUGUUAAAAGGAGUGAGACUGCAGGUGAUAUACAGAUUGUUAAUGGAUAUUUUGUGCAUUAUUUUGCACCCAGUCAAAUGCCAGCAUUUCCCAAAAACGUGGUCUUUGUCAUAGACACGAGUGGAUCUAUGAGUGGCAAGAAAAUAGAGCAGACAAAAGAGGCAAUGAAAAAGAUUUUGGAAGACCUUAAUCCUGAAGACCACUUUAGCUUAGUUCUCUUUGAUGGAACUGUGUCUGUAUGGAAAUCAAGUUUGUUGCCAGCUACAGAGGAGAAUGUGGAACGGGCUAAACGAUAUGUUGAGAACAUUUAUGCUGGAGGAUCAACAAAUAUUAAUGAUGCUCUUCAGACAGCAAUAAACUUGCUGGACAAAGACACCAAAGCUGAGUCAUUGCCAGACCAAAGCGUUUCCAUGAUAAUUUUGCUGUCAGACGGUCAACCUAAUACUGGUGAAACCAACAUUGAUAGGAUUCAAAGAAACAUACGAGAAGCUAAUAAUGGGAAGUAUUUCAUCUACUGCCUUGGCUUUGGAUUUGACGUCAGCUACACCUUUUUGGAGAAGAUGGCUUUAGAAAAUGGGGGAGUGGCUCGCCGUAUAUACGAGGACUCAGAUGCAGCCUUGCAGCUCCAGGGCUUUUAUCAGGAGGUAGCUACGCCUAUCCUGAAAGAGAUUGAAAUGAAGUACCCAGACAAUGCCGUACUGGAAAUAACUCAGAGUAAUUUCAAGCUGCUCUUUGAUGGCUCUGAAAUUGUUGUAGCUGGAAAGCUCGGCAAUGACGUUGAUGAUCUUCCUGUGGAAAUUAAGGCUAAAGGACAUGCCAGUGAACUUACUCUUAAAGAAGAUGCAAAUAUAAGAGAAAAGGAACAAGUAUUCCAGCAUCAGAAAUACAUCUUUGGAAAUUUCAUUGAGAGAUUAUGGGCCUACUUGACAAUUCAACAGCUACUAGAAAAAUCUGCUUCAGCUGAUGGAGAACGGCGGGAAAACCUGGAAGCUCGAGUUUUGAACAUCUCCUUGAAGUUUGGAUUUGUCACACCCCUCACUUCCAUGGUGGUCACCAAACCUGAUGCUCAAGAGGUGGCAAACAAGCCUACAGAGGCAGGUAAAUCAGAACAAAUUGUUCCCAUGUCAAACUGAAGUGAUACAAACAGU